AUGACGCCCACGCUCACCUUGUCAGGUUGAGGGAGGAGAAACUGAUUUAAAAACACAAGUCGAGGAAAUCCUGUGAGGAGAGCAGUCAGGUUUCAAUCAGAAAUCUUCGGUCAUGUCUUUCGAUCUGAACGCAGCUGUUGGAGGCGAUGAGGUGAAGAAGAGUGAAGGGAAAGAGGUACAGGGAAUCUUCGGAUUUGGAAAAAAGGAUAAAGAUAAAGACAAAAGCAAAGAUAAGAGUGAUUCCAAAGACAAGGACAAAGACAAACACAAACACAAAGAACAUAAAGACCAACACAAAGACAAAGAGCACAAAGACAAGGACAAGAAGAAGAAGAAAGACAAAGAGCACAAGAAGAAGGGCGGCCACAGUUCCUCUUCCUCCUCCAGUGAUGAGGACUAAAGCAAGACUGCGGACAUUUACACAAUACUUGAUUCCUGCAUUGUAAUUUAUCUAGUGAAACACAAUCUGAUCAUUUUAAAUAAAAUAAAACCUGUUGAAAGAAGUCCCAGUCCCUGUGGAAGAGUCCUAGGAUGCAAUUCAAAAGACAUCCACAAGGUGGCGUCACUCACAUGUGAAAUCUUCAUUGUCUCUGAACACUGAGGAUAAUGUGGCUGAUCUUUAUUUUGUGUAAAAGUGCUUGCUGGUUAAAUAAACAUGGCUCCUUAAAUA